UGUUUUUAUGAUGACAAUACAACCCCCCUUUUGCCUGUAUUGAACUAAUUAGACAGGUCAUUUUAUCAAGUGAGGAAAACUGGCAGGCAGAAUUGCGGUUAUCAAGUUACGUUAUAGUUUGCAUUGUAUUUCCUAGAUACACUGAAUUUCAUAAGUGUAUUUGACUGAAAAGAACGUUACUUUCUGUUGUUUUGCAUAACUGACGGUAAAUCUAUGUAGAAUUGUAUAACCAAACAAAUGUAUAUAUCUUGAAAUAGAGUUGAAUUAUAUUCAUUUUAUAUAAUUUCCCAUUACAUUCUCUGUUGUGUUGAAUGAUUGUGUAAAGUGAAUGUGGUAUAGAUCAGUGUUUGAAAAGACCCCCAUUCCCAUAUAUUUUACAAUCUAUUAUCAAGGUAGACCAUUAAAAAUCCAGAUACUUGAUAGCUGGGUAACCCAGGACCACGCUACCCAACACCCUGGGUUGCCACAGAUGGUGCCAGCGGCUGGGGUCUAGAUACUUUACGUAUUGACUCACGCAUUGGAUUACGUCAUUAUUUGAUUUGAUAUAGAUUGUUAUUAUACUGAAGUCUUUGAUAUAUAAAAAAAACACUGUUUUAUCAAUUUAUUUGAACAUUCACACUACUGUACAUCAUGUCAGACACAUCAGAACCUUUUUAUGUAGCUAGACACGUGUCAUUGCUUACACCCGAAUCUGGAGAAAGUUGUGCAUCCCGUUCAAAGUUGAAAAUGAACAAUGCUGAGGGGAUAACACCAGCAUUCGAUGACUCUGAGGUGGUUUUGAGCCACCAGGAGUGUAGUGACAUACAAUUGGAAUUGGCAAUGGAUGAUGCAAUACCCCUUGAGAAAACUGCUACUAGCGUUUCGCCAAUUAAAGGGAGGUCUCAAUCCAAACCUUUGUUGUCACAUCUGAAAUUGACCAAAAUGCCUAAAAUCCAGGAAACUGUACCCGAAUCACUCCAUACAGUUGACCUGACAUUGAAACCAUUCAUCAGAUCUGUCAAACCAGAAACAGCAGAUCAUGAUUUGAGUCCAACAUUAAUUUCUGGUAGUAAAAUUAAAAACUCACAAGUAGUAUAUAGUGAGCAUUUCGAUCCCCUUGAUCCACAUUCCACUGAGGUGGAUCCCGGGAAGAGGAAACCAUUAAGGGAUAUGCAUGGUUGCAAACAUGCAAAUUUAGCUUUUGGGAAAACUAUAUCCUUGUAUGGGGCAGUAGAAAAGGCUUCUGUUCAACAACGGGUGUUUACCUUGCGAGCCUCCCCAGAUGAAAAACCAGACAGUGGCUACCAUUCACAAGAACUUGUAAGGCCAAAGUAUGAAUUGAAAUACAGGCCAAAGUCUCCCGAGUCCAAUUCAUUAGUCAUUGAAACUAACAAGAUGACUAGUAUGUUCUCUGAUAUCAGCCAGAGUGAACAUUACAAAUUCCAUACUCCUCAACUACCAGAUUUAGCACAUUCUAACAUGUGUACUGAAUACAAGGUAUCAGGUGAAACUCAUCCCUUAGAAGGUGAUGGUUAUUUCAGUGCUUGUGAGUAUGAACAGACCAAAUCCAAAGGUCCUAAAGAUACUUGGUAUAGUACAGAAAGUCCAGACAAAGCCAUGUGGAUCUUUUCUGAAGGAAUGAAUCCCAGGACAGUUGAUAGAGGGCGUCCAAUUACCAGACAAACUAGAGCCCGUCCUCAGCUUUCCUUGUUCCCAAAGAGAGUAUAUUCAGGUAGUAACCCUGUGUCCCAGAGGGUUCGGUUAUCGAGCAACUCUCUUCUGGAUGACCCAUCUGUUGUUGAUGCAGAUGUUGACAGCUGCGACAGCUCUGACUAUGCAACAGCUGGUGAAUUAUUAGAACCUGCCAAGUGUAAAAUGAAAUCCAAUUCUCUUCAUUUCCCCAGGAAAGUGAAGCAAUUUUCUGCUUUGCCUAGAUUGCCAAGUUCAGACUCUUCAGAUGAAGAGUUACUGACAAGAUAUGCCAAUAAUCCUGCCAAAACCAAAUUGAGUCAGAGAGAAGUAUAUCCUUGUAUCUCAGAGGCUGCAAUUACUCAGUUAGUUCAGCAACAGAUGAUGAUACUUGGUCAAAAUCUGACAAAGGUUAUAAAAAAGACCCUGAAAAAGAAUUCCAAUUCCAAGCCAAAGUCAAAGCGAUAUGUCUCAUAUUGCCAAAUAUGUGAAACAAGAAGACACUCCAUCUUUGACUGUGACCAACGACACCCCAACUCUAUGGUUACUGGUGUCAGAGCUUGUUUUAAAUGUGGAAAUGACCAUCGUAUAACUGAUUGUCCUUCUCUAAAAGUAG